CGAUAUGCCCGAAUUGUCGUUAAUAGUUUCUUUCCUCUUCCUAUCAUUAAGUGUGGGAGCUAUGGCGGAGGAUCCAAACGAGUUCUUCUAUGGUGAAUUUCCCGAAGAUUUCAUGUGGGGAACGUCGACUUCGGCCUACCAAAUCGAAGGCGGGUGGAAUGCAGACGGCAAAGGUCCUAGUAUUUGGGAUAAAUUCACGCAAGCUGGUGGGAAUACUUUUAAGAACCAAACAGGAGACAUAGCCUGCAAUUCGUACCACAAAACCGACGAAGACGUAAAGCUGUUGAAAAAUCUCGGUGUAGGCUAUUACAGGUUCUCGAUAUCGUGGCCCAGAGUGUUGCCCAAAGGAACUGUUGAUCAAGUAAACCAUGCCGGUGUUGAAUACUAUAACAAAUUGAUCGACUCGCUGUUAGAGAACAACAUCACCCCCAUGGUGGCCUUGUAUCACUUUGAUCUACCUCAAGUGUUACAAGACAAGUAUGAUGGCUGGUUGAACGCAGAUUUGGCCGAUAUUUUCAAUGAUUACGCUAGAUUUUGUUUUGAAACAUUCGGGGACCGAGUCAAGUGGUGGAUAACAAUAAACGAGCCUUGGGAGGCGGCACUGUUAGCACAUGGCUUCGGAAUGACUCCCCCAGGAAAGAAAGAACUUCGCUCAACCGUUUACAAAGGUAACUACAACCGAUUGCUUAUAUUUUUUUUUCACAUGUAAACAGUUCCAAGUUAUUUCAAAUCUCUGACCGACGAGAAAAACAGAUUUUAAAAAAAUGUAAAUACAGGAAGAGACAAAGGAAGAGAUACAUUCGUGCUCAGCACGAAAAUGCCGGUGGGUCACGCACGCUUCGACACAGAAGCGAGGGAGCCACGAGAGAGCGCGCGCGUCGCCUUUCGCGUGCCACUCGCGCGUGACUUAACAUGAUAUCUCCCAAAUGCAGAGUUUGUUUGCGAGAAAACAAAGAUUUGGUUUUAUCAACUGAUUUUGUAAAGUGAAUUUAAACCUUCACUGCGCUUGAAAAGGCUCGCCCACAGGGCUGUACGCUUAAGCCCUACGGACGAGGUCGUGGCGUUUCGCGUGUUCGAGGGCCAGUCCUUUAUCAGAGAAAAUUCCCUAGCCCUAGCCCUAAACGCCCUAGCCUAGCCCUGCUAAUUGGGUGAUAAACGCUGUAAAAUGAUUUGAUAUGGUUUAUUUAUUCAUCUAUUUUCUUGCUAGUUUCUUAUGUCAUGCUUCUUGCUCAUGCCAAAGCAUGGCACACCUACGAUAAUGAAUUCCGUCCCACGCAGCAUGGGAAAGUGUCAAUAAUUCUAAACGUGCACUGGGGGGAACCCAAGACGAACACGCAAGCUGACAUAGACGCUGCUGAACGGAGUCUUGAGUGGUGGCUCGGAUGGUUUGCUCAUCCUGUCUACGUAAAUGGAGACUGGCCUGACAUCAUGAAGACGACGGUCAAGAAGAACAGUGAAGCUAAGGGAAUUCCAAACAGGUAAGAUAUCCUGGGCGUAGCUAGAAUUUUUCCAGUGGGGGUGCAGUGGUUACCAGAUUGUCAUGUCGAUAUUCCUCCGGGGGUACUCCCCUGUAAAAGUGACGGUGGUGCUCGUCGGAAAAUUUCGAGAGCACCCCUAAAAGGUACUAGAAUCUUGUUUUAUGGGCGUGUCCCAAAUUCAUUUCCACCCCUAAGAGGUACCAAUUCAACAGCAACAAAUUAUAUAACUGGCACUGCAAAUUUUAAUAGUAAUAAAGAUAACUUUCGAACACUUUCCUCUCAAUGACUUUUGAAAGUUUUGUCAUAAAUCUUACCGAGACAACUCUGGCAGCCGUCAUUUUAGGUUUUAGCACCCUAAGCGGUACCAAUCCACAAAUUAAUACCCCUUACAGGUACGACGAGCACUUCCAUCAUUUUUCUAGGGGAGUAAACCCCCUCCCCCCCCCCCCCCCCCGCUCCCUUCACCCCCGCUACCUGAAAAAGUGGCCCUUCUUUCCCAAACCCCGGGGGGCGGAGGGGGCCGAAAAAAAAAAAAAGAAGAUAAUGAAAACAAAGGGGAGGGCGAAAAGGGGUAUUGCAUCAAAAACCACUCACAUAUAAAAAACAAACCACAAAAUAAUAACCCUCACAGGGACGAACAGCACCUACAUCAUUUUUGUAGGGGGAUAAACCCCCCCCCCCCCCCCCCCGGCGACAUUCAUGCUGUGUCAGUUCGUAAAAGUGGCUUUUCUUUCCCAAAAUCAUGGGAGGAGGAAGGAGCCUACAAAAUGUAUAUAUAGAUAAGUCAAACGGCGAGAGGGACCGAAUGCGUUAUCGGUAUAAACCACACUUUAGCUUAUACAAGAGCUUCUGACGAAAAUACGUACGUUGAUAUACAAGGAAAUUUUAAACCAAGUGCUCUCAUACCUUGGUUUACCGAGAGAGGUAUCGUGCUUCAAAGUGAGUGAAUUUUAUAAUUUUAGCUUGGACUUUAGUUGAUCAAUUUUCUGGCGUUUUUGCGAAAAAAAGAAGGGAUACCUUUCACAAAGUAAAAGGUUGGAGGGGUUCGCGGGCACCCCAGUAUACCUCCCAGCUUCGCUGCCAUGGACGAGGUUUGAACACUUUGUAUUUGAAGCAGCUAAUAAACCACAUGGUCUGUAACAUAAGCUUUUACUCUUCUCCACGUCACCUGCUUCGGUUUUAAUCGCCCGUUCAAAUGUUUGUUAUGUCAGACUUCCCGAGUUUACCGAGGCAGAGAAGCUGCUUAUCAAAGGGACAGCAGAUUUCUUCGCUCUGAACGCCUAUAGUGCUUUCCUUAUCGAAAACCAGGAAUACCCACCUGAUGUGGACUGGAACUACAUGACUGAUCAGAGAAUGAAAACCACUGCUGAUCCAUCUUGGCAAAGAGGUACAUUUCAUUUCUCAUUGAUCCAUUUCAUUUCUUUCCAUUCAGACUGUUAAUAAGCUUCGCACUCCAACACGCACAAACGAUUAAGUCCCUUUCAAUAUGUAACUGGUAUUAUUAUAUGACUGGAUCCGCGAGCGGGCAAGAUGAGUCAAUCAUGUGGUGUGAUUGGCUACCUGAGAGGGGCAAGAUGGGCUCUUCUUGCCUGCUUCCCGUUUCCAGUGUAAGGGAGUGCGUUCAAACUAUAUCUAUCGUCCCAGACCCUCUCCCCUUUGGUAAGUUGUUGAUAAUGUCAUUCGCCCCUGCGAAAUCUGAGGGGAUGCAGAUACGUGUCUCAAGAUCUCUUCAGUCAAUAAUGGUUUGAACCCCACUCAAUGAAGUCUGUCACGCGUUCGCCAAAAGAACCUGAUUUCCAGUCAUAUUCAUCUGACUGCUGUCUGCGAGAAGUGUGAAUGCAAGCACACAAUAACCAUACCCUAGUCGGCUUUAUAGCUCAGUUAGUGGAAUGGUACGUGUGCAGCGCAAUUACACGAAGAAAUGGCUUGGUUCAGGUUUCAGCCUGAACAAAUGAUAGCAGUUGUGUCAGUUAAGCGAGGCAUGUGGCACCACCGUUGAAAGAAAAUAAGUAUAAUUUGUGUGUGUAAGGAAACUUAUUCUCAUAUGAAAGGAUAAGUACCAGGACUCGCCCUGAAAACGAGGCUUGAAUAAUUCGAUAAAUGGCCUAGCAUUGUUUUGUGUAAAAAGCAAUUUCAACGACAAAAUACGCAAUUCAAAAUACCCUUUGGUCAUCUUUCCAUUGUAAAACUGCUUAUAACUGCAACGAGGGCUUCUUUUUCCCGUUAUUUCAAUUAAGCUUACAUAUGUACAUGUAGUUAACUGAAGAUACUGGCAAAUUGUUUUCAGGUUCGAAACUUUAAGUUUCGAAACUGUAACCUUAAAUGUAACAAGGAAGCAUCGCUUUCUCUUGUCGAAACUUGGCCUGAUACUUUACUGUAGGCUCUGCCUCUCAGUUAACUAUUGUGAUUCAAAAGUGAUAGUUCAUGCACCUUCUAAUUGACUUCUUCAAGUCGUUUAUACAAAGGAUCAUGGCUUACAAUAGAACCUCAUGCAGUAUAACAAGCUCACUCAUGGAGUGGGAAAGGGCGUGGGAAAAUAUGUAUUACUGUUUUUGUGUAUGUAUGUGUAAGAAGGGGACGGGGGGAAGCUCGAUGCAUACAUUAUUUCACAGCUUGCGUGAAAAAUAUAUUUGGUUUUAUCGUGGUCACUUGGCUCUACAUAAGGACAACGUUUUCCUCUGUAGGUGCCACUGUAUGGAUGUACAGCACUCCAUGGGCCCUACGCAAGCUGCUAAAAUGGGUAAAGGAUCAUUAUAAUGACCCUGAGAUCAUUGUCACGGAAAAUGGUUUUUGCAUCGAUGGAGAAGACCAACUGACUGGUGAAGCCGCCUUGAAUGACACGCUACGCGUGGAUUUCUUGACUUCUUACACCAACGAAGCAUUAAAGGCAAUCCGCUUGGAUGGGGUGCGACUGAAGGGCUAUUUCUACUGGUCUUUUCUCGAUAAUUUUGAAUGGAUGGAAGGAUUUCACAUUCGAUUUGGCAUUCACCACGUAGAUUUUGACGAUCCUAAUCGACCCCGCACUCCCAAGCGGUCUGCAGAGGUAUAUAAAGAGAUUAUUCGUAACAAUGGUUUUCCAAAGAAACCACAAAAGUCGGAGUUGUAAAAAAAUGGUGAUUCCUGUGCUCCUGUCCAUAGCUAUCCUCUACUCCGCAGUAUCCCCACCAGCCCGGAGACAGAGUACAUGGUUCACAGAGUACGUGAAUCACAGCGUGUUACUGAAAUCAAUCUAAAAGCGCCAAAAUCACUCUCAGCCAAUGAAUGCAGAGUGAAUAUAUAUUGUACAUUAUAUAAUUACAACUAUUUAUAUUAGUGUUAUUGUAAUGACACCGUUCCUUAACCAUUUGUUAAGAGCCAAUAUGGCUUUGCCUAAAUCAGUAUUACAUUACCUAAAGGUCCCUUUUACAACUGAACGUAACGAUAAUUAAAAUAACACCCCGGAAAAGUGCGUAACUGUGGUGAUAAUUUGGGUAAGAAAAGUAAUUAAUUAACUGGUAAUGAUAAAAAGUGAUUCAAGCCGAUUUGUACUGUAAAAAAGUCGAUAAAAGUAGUAGCACAGUUUGAAGAGGGUUGUAAUGCGACCGUUUCCUUCUGGGUAUGAGAAGAACUUUUUAUGGGGAACUAGCCGGUUCUUCGCUAGUCCGCGUAGCAUGGCGGUUUAGGUUGGGAGCGCUAAAUAGUAAAGGCGGGCUUGCUUUAAUCUCCAACUAGGCUCAUACAACUUCACAUUGUAGUAUCGGGAAAGCACUCUCUAAAUAUCAUUGUCACACCUUGAUUUUACUCGAGUAGCAACACCAUCUUCCUAACUCAAAUUAAUGCUUACGUAAGUCUUCUGUGAUUGGUUAAAGAAGACUCAUUUGCUUUGAACCUUCGAGUUUUAACCCGAAUUUCACUAUGAAGCUUGGGUUGACCAGUCAAUAUAAAACGAGGUGACUAUUAUAAAAAUUACAAAGUACCUGCUUGUAUACAAUUUUUUUAUAAUAACAGAAAGGAAAAUACUAAAUUUACAGUUUGAAAAUCUAACGUUGCUGUCGAUUUACAAAUGGGGUUUCUUUGUCGAUAAUGGUUGGCUAAAACUUUUCCAUAAAUUAACUACGGACAUCACCGCCAAACUCAGAGGACAAAUUAAAAAUGCAGUUCACAGUGCAAGGCAGAAUUUAGAACAAUAGUUCUUUACCUACAAAAACACCUAUAAAAUCACUUAAGUC